AUGUCUAUCGCCCCCAUCAUUACGUUCAAGGCGGGCAUCUGUGACCUGGAUACGUCCAGUGACACCCCCAUCGUCAAGCCCAAGACGACGCCCGGCUACAUCUAUCUCUAUUCGGAAGAUGAAUUGGUACACUUCUGCUGGCGGCCUCGGUCCGCCCCUCACACGGAGCCCGAACUGGACUUGGUGAUGGUCCCCUCGGACGGAAGCUUUUUGCCCUACAAGCCAGCCGGCAACAGCACACCCACGAACGGUCGCGUCUACGUCUUGAAGUUCUCCUCCAGCUCCCAGCGGUACCUUUUCUGGCUACAGUCGAAGUCGCAGCACGAGAGAGGCGAUGCGAGCUGGUUCAGUCCUCGGGACCUCAAGCUCGGAGAUAUCGUCAACACGCUGCUUCAGGGUGAGGAAGUCGAUGUGGAGGAUGAAAUCGCCAACCUCCCUAGUGGAUCCGGUGGCGGCGACGACGACGAGACUAUGGAGGAUGUCGAAGGUGUUGACCACGACCCGAGCCAUAACCACGGCGGAAACAGUGGCGGAGCGGGACCGGAUGCUACCGGUGGAGAUGUCAGAGAGGAAGGUCAAGAGUCGAGGGAGGGUGGUGCCGACGGCGGAAGAGCGUAG